GUUAGGAACGCAGAAUAUUGUAUCAGUAGUUGAAUGAGAAAUUGUAUUUUGUAGGAGAUUAUUCGAGCGUGUGACUGAGAAGAAGAGCUGACGUCGUGUAAUGACACCGUGAUGACGCUGCGCAGGAAAAUAGAAAGUUCCGUCCGGCGCUUUAAAUCAAACGUCCACUGCCGUUGUCCCUCCUGAUUUUCUAGCCAAGAUGCUGUCGACGAGCGUCUUUCAGGGUACACUGGAGGUCUGGGGCUAGACGCGUAGUAGAAGUCAUGGUGGUAAACAGGCAAAGUUGAUGUUGCGCUUGGAGAUCCUCGCCGACACUAUCCAUGAGGGCCCGACGUCACCGGAGCGCCCAGGAUGCGUCUGCCACCCUUAAUUGCGUGCGGACAACUCCGACUGUGGGCGAAAUUCGAAUCAACGACCGGACUAAAACUAUUACCUUCUCUCUUCCAUGGAUCCUGGACUGUGGUGCGUGGCGAACUUGGUCGUUAUUUCCUUCAUCUUACCUUUACUUUAGGCAAAGAAUAUGGACACAAAUCAUUUCCUUAUCAUUGCCCCCAAUACCUCCAGAUGCCAGGUCGGCGCUCACAGCGAGGACAUUCUUUAUGAUACUCCUCCCGCCUUUCCUUUCAUAUUAUCUCGCAGCGCGUCUCGCGAUAACCGGUCGAGCAAUAUUAACUCGAAUUGCCUUUCUUCCGAUAGCGAUCUAUACCACGUAUAAAUGCGCCACAUCGCUCGACCUCGCCCCGGGAACAGAGAACGUGAAGAACAGGUACUUUAACGAUGUUCUAGUCCUCUCCAUGACUUUAUGCUCCUCACGGAUCAUCACUUGGACCUUCACACCAAUACCACCACGUCGACUAGAUCCAUCUCUACCAUUGUCGCCUCUUCAACUCUGCCUGAGCCUCCGGGGAUACGGCUGGAACUGGGGCUUACCGCAAAGCCGCGCACCGCGAGAAUGGCGCCCAACGGAUUCCACCAUGCACUUCGUUAUCGCUACAGUGUUGUCUGUUCUCUUCCAUAUCAUCUUCUUCGACACUGUACAUAUAAUCACCGGAUGCAUCGCCCCAGGAACAUGGCAGUCUCCCUGGGGUGCUCCCAUCCUCCCGCCUUCCGGCUACCCAAACCUCAAGACCACUUGUAUCUCGUUCCUCUCGUUCUUCCUCAUCUACAGCUCCGUCCAGAUCAUCUAUGACGUCUCCACCCUCGUCGGUGUCGCCCUCUUCCAGCAACCGCUCAGCGAAUGGCCGCCUCUCUACGAUAAUAUCCUACUCUCAACAUCCCUAGCCCAGUUUUGGGGCCACAGAUACCACCAGAUCUUUCGGCAGACUUUUUCUGGACCCUUGUUGCUCUUACCCCUGCCCGAGUUUGUGCAGCUGUUUGGAGCCUUCCUGAUAUCGGGCGUAUUCCAUUGCUUUGGGGUGUGGGGAUAUGGUAACGGCGCACAUUGGUGGCCAAUGGGAGGGUUCUUCGCGGUUAAUGCGUUAGGUAUCGGGCUGGAGAGGGCAUGGUCGUACGUCUUUGGGAGGAAGGUCGGUGGGGUGGCCGGAAUGAUGUGGACAGUCCUGUGGUUGGCUGGUUGGGGGAAUUGGUUAUUCGAUGAGUACUCGAGGAGGGGUAUGAUCUAUCAAAAGAUCUUGUUACAUUUUUAUUCAUAAUACAUUGUAUAUUUUAUAGACCAAGUAAUUUGAAUCGAUGAUUGCACUUAAAGCACU